AUGGAGAUCGCCAACAUAGUCCCCAAGAGCAACAUGAUUGGAGGGUGCGACAUGGCUAACUUGGAAAACCUGCUGCGCUGCAAGCCAUCCAUAUCCUCCCGCAACCUGGAGACCACUGUGAUGUGGUGGCAAACAAACCCAGCGGAAUGUUACACAGCCAAUGGAGGGGACUACAGGGGCUGCCAGAACCAGACGAGCAUUCUUGGGGGCAAGCCAUGCCUCUUCUGGAAUGAGACCUUCCAGCACCCCUACAACACCCUCAAGUACCCCAGCGGAGAGGGGGGUCUUGGCAGCCACAACUACUGCAGGAACCCUGAUGGUGACGUCCAGCCGUGGUGUUACAUCGCUGACCAUGAAGAAGGAAUCUACUGGAGAUACUGUGACAUCUCCACCUGUCAGAUGCCAGGUAACCUGGGUUGUUUCAAAGACAGUGGAGACCCUCCCACCCUGACAGGGAGCAGUGAGACCUCCAACAAACUCACCAUCCAGAACUGCAUCAGCUUCUGCCGCAAACAGAGAUACAAGCUAGCUGGGAUGGAGUCGGGUUACGCCUGUUUCUGUGGCAACGACCUGGAUCAGCAUCACCAUGGCAAAGCACCCAGUAUGGAGUGCAACCACGUGUGUUUUGGUGACCACACCCAGCCCUGUGGAGGAGAUGGAUGGGUCAUCAUCUUCGACACUCGUGUUGGUGCGUGCGGGGGUAACUACUCUGCUCCCUCUGGGGUGGUCUACUCCCCUGACUUCCCUGAUAAGUACGAGGCAGGGAGGGUCUGCUACUGGACUGUCCAGGUACCUGGGGCCUCCAUGAUCCUGUUCAACUUCACCUUCUUCGACAUCUCGGACCAGACAGACAUGGUGGAAAUGCUGGAUGGCUAUACCACCCAGGUGUUAGCACGGUUCGACGGCCGCAACUCGCCCCGGGACUUGGUCAACGUCACUGGAGACUUUGUCAUCCUCUACUUCUACUCAGACCACACCAACCAAGCACAGGGCUUCUCUGUCACAUACCAAGCGCUGAGAGGCCUGGACACCAGACCUAUGGAUGAGGAUGAGGAGGAAGAGGAGGUCACUAGUACAGUGAAGCCUGAGCUUAACGGCGUAACGGAGAAGUCUAACGGGAGCGAUAACGGACGUUCCUCUCAAAUCCUCUAUGUGAUAACGUCCAGUCCCGGUAAACCGGACCACAACAUGCCAGGUCAGUGGGACCAACCCAACGGGACCAACGGACACACCUCUAUGUGGACCAUCUACGCCCUAGCUGCUCUCCUGACUCUGACAGUCAUAGCCAUGGUGGCUAAACUACUACUGCAUAUUACAGUGAAAUCUCCCAACAUCCCGACCAGCAGUGGUUCAGAGAGCUGCAGCGUGCAGAGUGCUGCGUCCGAGCCCUGGAUCAUCUUCUACCGGCCCUCCACCAUCUCCCUCUUCAAGAAGAAGCUAAAGAACCACCACGGAGACCUCAGCCCUCUGGUGGGCAACUAG